CAAGGAUACCACUCCGUGCGGCGAGCACGCCCUCCCUCCUCUUCUUCUCCAUUCGCCAGAAGGCUUGCAAGGCCCCGCGCACGUUUUAGAGCUUUUUCCAGAGCGGGAAAAUUUUCUCAACACAGGUCCUCAAUAUUGAACGCGUGACCACAAGCGCUCAGUCCCGAACAGUUUUCGAGUUCACCUCUGCCUCCAAGAAGCGGACUGGCAAGGCUGUGCGCGCAUUGGCGCGUUGAGCAAAGAGAAAGGCAAACUCUUGACCAAAUCUCUGCCGAUGGGAUAUCGAGAAUGCAGACGCAGUCGAUUCCCAUAAGGUUGUGCCUCCUUUGAACCCUUUCGAACCCUAGACACCGCGCUUCAAGAUGGACCCGCAGCAGCGGGAGCAGCUGCGCACAGCCCUUAUAGCCUAUGGAGCUGACCUGACGCGCUUCGAGGACACCGAUCUGGAUAUCCUGUGGCACAACCGCUAUCGCGACGUCCGCGGCCUGCAGGAUGCCACUAGAGAGGGCCUCAAAGCCGCUGGGCUGCCUUAUGGCCUCAUUGACCAUAUCUUAAAGCGGCAAGGCGCGGCGGCUGGCCUGGGCUUGGGGAGCCCGGCAGAUGCUGGUGAGUUUAAAAUAUUCAGAACCAUCCUGGAGCAGUUGAACAAAGUGGAGGCCAACCAGCGCAUGCAGGGGGAGCAGUUGAACAAAAUGCAGGCCAACCAGCGCAUGCAGGAGGAGAAGUUAAAAUUCACCUCGCGCAUUGCGCUCGCGAACCUGAAGGAAGCCUUCAGGCCGCCAAGUUCGACGGAGUCUCACGACUCCAGCGCGGACUUCCGAGCGCGCGUCGCCAAGUUCUAUGGCGUCAGCGACAAGAUGAAGUGCAUGGUGCUGGGCAAGGAGCUUCCGGCCGGCUUCCUGGUGGCUCGCCACCUGGUCGCCGAGGGAUGUAAGUACGCAGGCGUCAUGAUGGGCAUCAUUUGGAACAGCGCCAUCGAGCACGAGUACAAUGACCUGCGCAUUUGCUUUUCGUACGACGGCCUUGGGGGCUCGUUCAUGCUGCACGUGCUGGACAAGUCGCUGCUGCCGGUGCAGCUGUCGUCGGUGGGGCGGCACAGGGACAACCCGGACUUUGCAGAGGUGCUGGGGAACGUCACCUUCGGGGACCUACACAACAAACCUGUUGAUUUCACCGGCGUGGACAGCAUGAGGCCUUUCAAGCGAGCUCUGGCCGAGCACGCCAAGCUCGCCCUGGUGCACCAAGUGAAGACUUACCCGGACGGCUUCGACCCUCAAAUGUACAACUUCAACGACUGGUCGGAGCACGAGGGCAACGAGGAAUUCGUUAGAACGUGGUUGAACAACCUCGACACCGGAAGCGUGUGGGAGGGGGGGACGUCCGUGGACCCGGAGGAGUCAGUGGACGAUGAGAAGGUGGAUUGUUAGUGGAGGCGGUGGCAGAGGGGGCCUGAGGCGGAGGAGGGGCCGCAGGGGACGAGGGUGAGCCCAGCGGAGGAGCGUGAGGACUAGGACAGGGCGGCACAGGAAGCGUGGAAAGAGGGGGGGCUUGCUGGGUCGCUUGAGGUAGUCAGCAUGGCCAGUGUUACAGGAAGGGGUCAACGUGUGGCCUGAAAGCGCCAAUAAGGGGCCGCCAAUCAGAG